AUCUCUCCUCCACAAUCUGGGCGGAGUGCAGUGUAGUGUACGUGUAGUUUGCAUUUCUCCCCUCACUGUACUCACUCUGCAAGUGACACACUCUCCUCUUUUUUUGCAAUUCAAACAUUGAAACCCUAACUCUGUAAUUCCCAAUCAAUGGCGAUCCUAUCUCAAUCAACCGCUAGCUUCUCACCUUCCUUCAUCUCCACUCGGAACGAUUUGACUCGCCUAACACGGUUCCCCUGCGUCACCUUGACUCAGUUCCGCAGAAACCAAACCCGCUCUUCAACUCGUCGACUUAUCGUAUCUUCUCGUCUCAAUUCCUCUAAAUCCUCUGAUGCCGGUGGCUCUGUCUCGCCGGACAACGGCGAUAUCCCCUACGAGCUCCAACACGAUUUUUCGCCGCAGCGUGAGAGGAGUGGAUCGCCGGUGUUCGUAACGCUCCCUGUGAAUUCGGUUGGUCGAGAAGGACAGGUUUGGAGGCCCAAAGCUAUGAUGUUUUCGCUUAGAGCGCUGGCUUCGGCAGGUGUAGAAGGCGUGGUUGUUGAGAUUUGGUGGGGUUUGGUUGAGAGGAAUGAGCCUAGGGUUUAUAAUUGGCGAGGAUAUCAGGAACUGGUGAUGAUGGCUUGCAUGUGUGGCCUUAAGGUUCGAGCUGUUCUUUCGUUCCAUCAGUACGGCACAGGCCCUGAUGAUCCUAAUUGGAUACCACUUCCCCUAUGGGUGCUUGAUGAGAUACAUAAAGAUCCGGAGUUAUCAUAUUCUGACAGGUUUGGAAGAAGAAAUAUUGAAUAUAUUUCCCUUGGAUGUGAUAUUCUUCCAGUGCUACGGGGACGUUCUCCUAUUCAAGCAUACGCAGAUUUGAUGAGGGACUUCAGGGACACUUUCAGGCCUUCGCUUGGUGUUAUCAUUACAGGUGUACAGAUUGGCAUGGGUCCUGGCGGUGAACUAAGAUAUCCUUCAUUCUCUUCACAGAAGCCAAAUUUGGCUUUGCCUCAUGAACUUGGAGAGUUUCAAUGCUAUGAUAAGUAUAUGCUUGCUUCUCUAAAUGCGUUUGCAAGAAAUAUUGGAAAGCGUGAAUGGGGAAAUGGUGGUCCGUUUGGUACUGGAAGUUUGACGCAAGAUCCUGAGCAUACUGAUUUUUUUAGAAAUGAGGGUGGCUCUUGGAACACACCAUAUGGUAAAUUUUUCCUUGAAUGGUACUCAGGUAUGCUGCUACUGCAUGGGGAGAGAAUCUGUAGGGAAGCUGAAACGAUAUUUAGGGGUACAGAAGUCCAUAUAUCAGCAAAAUUGGCUGCCAUUCACUGGCAUUAUGUGACACAAUCCCAUCCAUCGGAGUUAACUGCAGGCUAUUACAAUACUUUUAACAGGGAUGGAUACUUACCCAUCGCUCGCAUGUUUAGUAAAUAUGGAUUCUCAAUGUGCUGCUCUUGUUUUGAAAUGCAAGAUGCAGUAAUGAAGAAGAUCAAUCCAGAUGGUAGCCCUGAAGGUUUUCUUAGGCAGCUUUUGCUGGCUGCUAGGCUCUGUGACUUACCACUUGAAGGUCAAAAUUUUUCAACUAAUUUGGAUGAUGGUGCAUUCACCCAGGUGCUGAAGAUGUCAAAAUUUUACUCGAAUGGGAUUGAGAAGCGCCCCUUCUCAUUCAAUUUCGUAAGAAUGGGGAAAAAAAUGUUUGAAUCCCGAAAUUGGGAUCGGUUUACUCGUUUUGUGAGGCAAAUGUCUGAUGGAAACAUUUUUCGAGCCAGAUUAAAUUCUGUAGGUGACUUACGGUUGAAGACCACACCUGGGGCCGCAGAAGUGAGACUGUUGUACCGGCUAUACCAGCACAGUUGAAACUAGUUUCGGUUUCUGUUCUAAAGGCAUAUUUUAGUAUUACCACCAUCGUUGCAAGAUAAUCUGAUGACCUCUGGUCUAGUGUUGUGAAAUGUGUAGUAACUGCUGAUUCUUUGCAUGAUUCUUUUAUUGCUUUUCGGGAACUAGUUACUUCUUCAAAGUACCGCAUUACAUUGCCUUCCAGAUUUUUAAUAUGGGUGGCAUGUUAUCCACUUGUACCUGUAUUCCAAAUAGCUUGAGACACAAUCUUGAAACCAGUUACUGUUGGGGAUCUUAGUUUUGGGGCUCUGUUUAAUCCUUUGUUCUAAUGAGAUGGACUCUUGCCAUGCU